AAGCGGCAAGGUUACUACUGUCCACGUGAUUUUGUUGGAUUUACGUAUCACGUGAUAUGAAAUAUGGCUGACGAUCAGUAUGAAGCGAAACAAGAAAGCAUGAUGGAAGACGAUGCUUUAAGACAAGAAGUCACUCAGGAAAACGAGGUCAUAACACCUGUUUUUGUCGACGGAAUGCUCUCAUUAGUUGGUCAAGAUAUUACAAAGAUUCCCAGUGAUGUUGCCAAUGAAUUUGCAGAGAAAACACGAAGAUUAGAUCUGAGUUUUAACUGUUUAAGAUCUUUGGAGGGACUAGAGAAGUUUACCCAGUUAGAGGAACUAGUGUUAGAUAACAAUGAUUUGGAUGAUGGAAUCAAGUUUCCAAAACUUCAAAAUCUACACACAGUCACAUUAAAUAAAAACAAGAUAACAAAUCUUGAUCAGCUAUUGGAUAAUAUAUCUCACAACCUGCCUAGACUGACCUACCUGAGCAUGCUCAGUAAUGAGGCGUGCCCUAAUCAGCUGUCUAGUCUGGACAAAGAUGAGGAAGAUUACCAGAGAUAUCGGUUUUAUGUAUUAUUCCGGUUGCCAGGCCUCAAGUUCCUGGAUUCUACAAAUGUGAAGGAGGAGGAACUCGUGGAAGCUAAGAGAGUGGGGCCCUUUAUGCAGGUGGUGAAAUUCACAGAAGACGAGAUUGUGCACAAAGAAGAAAAUGACACUGAAGAGACUACAGCUUUUUCACCUCUACCAAACUCGAACGAACAAGAGCAUGGAUAAACCAAUUUGUAAGUCUCUCUCUCUCUAUCUCCAUCUCUCUCUCAUAUCAAAGUUUAAGUAACUGAAAGUAAAAUAUUUUUUACAGCAUCAUUUGGCAAAAGUAAAUAUGUUUACUAUGGGAAGCACUCAGAAGGGAACCGAUUCAUAAGAAACAAAGAUUUAUGAAAUCGCUCACUGCAUCUGUCCAUUGAUGGAGGGAAAUAUUGACAUUCUUCAUCCAUGAAAUUUACACUUCACCAGCUGUUUCAUUCUGUAAAAUCACAACUGUUAUAGCAUGAACAAUUAGUGGUGGAACGUUGAACGACCAUAAUGUACCUCAAUAACCCAUAAAACAGUGUCAAGGCUCCGUGCAACAAUCAUUAUCUUAUGGUGGAGCCAGACACUUGGAUUUUUUAAAUGAGAUAUAUACAGCAUUGAUAUAUUUAUAAGUGGUAGAGAUUAUAUGUAAAUGUUACUUGUAUAUUAUUUGUAAAGUAUGUCUCAGCAACAUGCAUGUAGAUUGUAUUUUUUCAAGAAUAAAUGUUUAGGUUGAUUAAGUAUUAUGAGGGCGGAAGGUAUAUAUGGAAGCAGGGGGGAUAAUUUGUAGAAUUGGCAAAGUAAAUAAUACUGACAUUACAUCAUUCUCUCAUUAUUUAUCCCUGUAAUACAAACAACCUAAAUAUUCAUUCAUUCUAUUUAUAUUUUGUAAAAUGAAAAAAGAUGUAGAUUUUAUACUCUGAAUAAUUACCAUACACGGCAAGUCUGUGAUGUAAGCAUGAGUUCCUGUAUGAGGGUAUAUAAACAUUGACCUAGCAGGCUUAUCAUUGACAAAACAUCAGUGAUUAGAAAUAUUUGUUUAUUAUUUUGUUGCUUACAUUUACAUGACAAUGUUAUGGGUGAAUGGUGAGUUUGAUAAUUUAUGAGUACAUGUAUUUGUAUGCAUUGUUUACGAGAAGCUUUUGAUCAAGGCGUAUAAUUUUGUGUUUUUAGGAGAAAAUUUGAAAGUUGUCGUAUGUAAUCAUUCAUACAAAAUAUUAUUGAAUAUGAA